AUGUCUCAUACAUCUGACCAUGAACUGGAAGAUGGGUUGGAGAAGUUGAAAGAACAGAUGAAAGACGUGCCGGAGGGAUCAGAAUCAGUGACGGAUGUGCUCGCCACUAAGGACAACACGGACGAGCUGCCGAUGUUCAUGGCCUCGAACUCUUACGAGUCCAUGAUGAGAGCCACCAAUAACUCCAAGGAUAUCAACUUCACCAUGGACCUGAGCGAGAACUUGCUCAUGGAGUGCAGAAGGUUGCAAGCGAUGAACGAGAAGUUUAAGAAGAAGAUCGAGCAGCUGAAACAAGAGAACCAUGAUCUCGUAGAAGACCAACAGAAACACACUACAGGCACAGAGAAGUUGCAACAGGAACUAGACGACUUGAAACAUCUCAAUUGGGACCUAGAGGCUAACUUGGACAGUUGCAACAACGCACUUCGAUUGAUAAGAAACGAAAAGAACGAUCUUGACGAGAAUUACAAAACUACAAGAGAACAACUGGAUGCCAUAAGAACCGAGUCCGAAGUAUUGAAACUGGAAAACCAAAAAUUACAAUCACAACUAAGUUCCCACGUCGCAAAUAUUGACCAAGAAUCAAAAUCCAUGAGACAAAGAUUAUCAAAUCUUAACGAUGAAAACGAUGAAUUGAGUUCGAAAGUUAAUUCUUUAGAAACUUCUUUGUCAACUUUGAAAAAUGGGUUGCUGAGAUUCUUGAAGAAGCAAAAAUUGGUAGAAGAGGACACAAGUGACCUUGAAGAUGAUUUCUUUGAUACUAGGUCAAUAGAUACCAUGGCAACUGAGAUCAAUAACGAUUUGCCAAUUGAAAAAUUGGAAACAAUGGCUCAAAGUCACAAUUGCAAAUUGAUACCCAUUGAUCAAGACACCGAGAGUUACAAACUGAACUCGUUACCCUUGGAAUCUAUAAUAAACAAAAUCAAUGAUUCUGAAGAUUUUGAAGUCAUUUCUAGAAAAGAAUUAGAGACUUUAAGAGAACAAGUCAAAAAUCCAGAGAUCACUAUCGAAAGAGUUAAGGACUCGCUAUCAAGUGAUAACAAAGAUCAACAGAUCAAGUUGAUGAAAUGGAUUGCUCAGUUGAAUAGUCGAAUUAUUUUAACAGAAGAUAAAUACAACGAGAUGAAUAAUAGAAUCUUUAACCCCAACAGAGCUCAGCUAUCGGAGACUGCUGAGAAGAUAGGUCUUAAUGUCAUUGAGAAGAAUGAUCUGGAAAAUCUAAAGGAAAAGGCUCUGAACCCAUCUGUAGAUUUAAUCAAGAUCUUCGCGAGGAAUAAUAAUAUGACCGCCAUUCCAACCGAGCGUUAUGAAAUGCUAGAAUCCAGUUAUAACACACCCACAAAAGAAUUUUUAGAAGAAAGAGCCAAUGAUCUGAAUCAUACAUUGAUUGACAAGAAAUCCUUAAAUGAUAUGAGAGAAUCGAUUGAAAACCCAGAUAUAUCCUUUAUCAAAGAAGCUGCAAAGAAGUUUAAUGAAAAGAUAAUAUCUACAGCAGAAUAUGAAGAGAUGAUGAGAUGCUUGGAGAACCCCUCUUUAGAGUUCUUAACCUCUAAAGCAGAACAAAUGAAACAGAAAAUAAUACCUGCCGAAGUCUUCGAAGAUCUUGAAAAUACAAGUAAACAUCCAAGCAUGGAAUUCUUAAAUCAAAAGGCAUUUGAAGCUGGCUAUAAAGUUGUAUCUGUAUCGGAUUAUGACCAACUCAAGAGAUCUGUGGAACAACCCUCAUUAGAUUUUAUCACGGAGAAAGCCGAGGAUUACGAUCAAAGAUUAAUCUCUUCUGAUGAAUUCGAAGAAUUGAUGCAAAUUUCUCAAGACCCACCUAUCGAUUUCUUAUCAGCUAGAGCAAGUGCCAAGGGGUAUGAAAUGCUAAAGACUAAACAAUACGAUGAUCUAUUAAGAAAGACUAACGAACCUACAGCAAAAGAAUUAGCUGCUAUCGCCUCCGGUGUAGGAUAUGUGGCAAUCCCAGAUUCAGAGUAUUUAACACUAAAAGAAAUUUCAGAAAAUCCUUCAAUGGGCAUAUUAAGAGAAAAAGCCGAAGCAUAUAACCAUGUUGUUAUCGAUAAAAAUGAAUACGAAGAUAUGAAAAUGAAAUCCAAUGACAAAAAUGCAGCCAUUGAAAACAUUGCCUCCUUUGGUUUCAAAGCAGUUCCAUUAUCUGAGUAUAACGAAUUGAUCGAUUCAACGUUAGAGAAUUCGUCAUUGGAAGAUCUAAGAAAACGUCUUGAUAGUGAAGGGUAUGUGAUGGUUGAAAGAGAUAUUUACAAUAAACUAUCUUUACCCGUAUUUGAAAGAGGAUCAUUGGAUGAUACCAUGAAACUAUGUGAAAAAUUCUCUCUACGUGCAGUUUCAAAAGAAGAGUUUGAAGAAUUAGAGAAAAGUGCCUCCUCACCAGUACUAUCUAUUGAUGAAUUGAUUGAACGUGUGAAAUCUCAUGGUUUCAUGGUUCAUUCAUUAGAAGAACACAAAGAAUUACAGAAAAAAUUCGAGGAACCAGAUAUAAACUACUUGAUCGAAAAGGCUCAGAAGUACAAUGUUGUGUUGAUUGAUUCUAAUGAAAACUCUAGAAACGAAGAACUUAUAAAGAAUACACCAUUAAGCUUCGUUAGAGAAAAAGCAGCUUUACAUGAUUGUAGUAUCAUUGAAACUAAGAAAUUAGAAGAAAUGCAAACACAAAUAGAACAACCUACUAUCGAGAUGCUAAAGGAAACAGCUGAAAAGAUCGAUUGUAUUGUAAUGACCUCUGAGGAGAAAACUAAGCUAGACGAGCACAUGGCAAAGCCUCCAUUGGAUUACUUGAAAGAAAAGGCCAGAAGACAAAGAAAAGAGCUUGUGGAUCUUGUUGAAUUUAGAGAGCUGAUUAGAAAAACUACUAAUCCUACAGGUGAUGAGAUCAAACAGUACGCUAACUCAUUACAAUCUGUUGUUUUAUUAAAUGAUGAAUAUAACGAUUUACAAAAACAGAUUGAAUAUCCAACUUUAGAUUACCUAGUUUCGUCAUUGGAGAAGUUCAAUUAUGUGGCAAUUCCAAAGGAAGAAUAUGAACAUAGUGUGGAUAGAUAUAACAACCCAUCUAAUGAUUAUUUAUCCGAGAAAUUAGCUGAUAAUGGUAUGAUUAUGGUCAACAAUAAUGAAUAUCAAAAUUUGUUAUUAUCCGUUGAUAACCCUGAGUUAGCAUAUUUGGAAGAAAAAGCUAAGGCAUUCAGGAAAAUUGUAAUAGAUAAGGAAGAGUUCCAGUAUAAACUUGAUAUUUUUGAAAAUCCAUCCUUAGAGUUUUUAGAGUCAAAGGCAAAUAAUAUCAACAAACAAAUAAUCGACAAAGAUGAACUAAAUGAUUUGAGAGAUAAACUAAGAAACCCUACAGAAGACUAUCUAAUUGAGCAUGCUGAGCUUCAAAAUAAAACUUUGGUUGACAAAACAGACUAUCAAUGUAAAUUGAGACAAUUAGAAAAUCCAACCAUUGAUUUCUUAAGAAACAUGGCAAGAAAGGAGUCUAUGGUUUUGAUGGCAAAGAAUGAAGCAGAAACAAUGCAAGCAAUGCUUUCGCAACCUGAUUUGGAUUAUUUGAAAGCCAGUGCAAAAGAACUUGGUUAUGAAAUAGUGGAAUUGGCUCGGUACAGAGAACUUGUCAAUAACUCAGAAACACCUUCAUUCGAAUUCUUACAAUCUAAGAUCCAUAGCAUGAACUAUGUUAUUGUUCGUCAAGAGAAAUGGGAGAGUGUCAAGCAAAAGGCUGAAAAUCCAACAGAAGAAGAAUUGAAAUCCUAUGCUCAUAACUACAAUCUGAAAGUUUUUACCAGUGAUGAAUUGAAUGAUUUCAUUGCUCAGAUCAAACUUCAAGAAAGAAACAAUACAUCUCCUUCUUCCAAAGUUAAAGCCAGCAAACAAUAUUUUGAACAACUCAUUAAGGAACAGAAACAACAACCGGGUAAAAUCAAAGAACAUGCUCAGGCAUUGGGUUUCGUUACACUACCUACUGAUGAAUACGAAAAUUUGAUCAAGAAUCAAAAGGACUCUGCAUUAAAGAAAGAGGAAAUUUAUCGUGCUGCAAGAGAGAUGAAUAUGACCGUAAUUGACAAAGAAUCAUACUCCAAAUUUAUUCAACAGAGAUCAUCACCUGUGAAACUGACUUAUGAAGAAUUACAAAGUCUAGCAACUAAAAUGGAUAUGGAUUUGAUAAAGAGAACACCUGAUCUAAGAAGCAAUUCUAGUGGUACAAGACUAAACUUUGUUGAGAAGGAGGAAUCCGCUGAAGAUAGUAGUAGUAGUAGUACAGGAGAAAAAUCGGAGAACCUUACUCAAAAUAAAUCACCAUUCUUGACUUCAAAUACUUCUUCAUUGACUUUAGAGGAACUUACAAAUAAAGCCAAAGAACUCGGUUAUAUCUUGUCUCCUAUGAGAAAAAGUGCAUCACCAUUAUCUGAUAUACCAGAUUUGACUUCAGAGAGCACUGCCACAAACUCCACUUUAACUAAUACUCAUGAAAACCACUCAUCACUAGACCUCUCAAAAAUUACACAAGACAAUCAUAAAGCACAGAGCAAAACUAUACCUAAUAAACUUGAUAUUAAUACCGUGCAGGAGUUACUGAAGGAGACAGAAUACGAACUGAUUAACAAAAAGCAGUUAAAGGAGUUGAAGUCUGUUAGGAAGCCAUCAAAACCAACAAAACCAACAGAAAAAGAACUACAAAAAAUAGCUUCAACACUUGGUUUAUCCCUGCUGACACAAGAGCAAUUGAAAGACCUUGAAGAUCCUGCAAAGCUCUCUGAUGAUGACCUGAAGAAAGAAGCCUCCAAGAGAAGUUUGAUAGUCCUUUCUCUAAAGUCAUACAAAGCAUUGUUAUCGAAGGAAAGACAGGCAAGCAAACCAAUACCAAAGAUAACACGUCUAGAAAUUGUCAAAAAGGCACCAGUUCAUGGCUUAAUCGCCAUAGAUCAAAGAGAGUAUAAUAGCUUAAAGACUGACAACAAGAAAAUAGAUAUUGGUAAGGUUGACGAAAACAUGUUACGCACGAGAGCUAAAGAAUUGGGUCUAGUUGUCAUGGACAAGAAUGAUGCCUCACAUAUGGAAAGGGUAUCAAAGCCAAAGACAAAGCUAGAGCUAAUCAAAUUACUUCAAAUACGUUACAAUUUGGUAGCUAUACCAAGAGCAGAAUAUUCGAAAUUGAAGUCACAAAUUACAAACGCAAAAUCAACGGAGUCACCAUCGUCAACAGCUGAAAUCGAGACCAAUGCUAAAUCUUCUAAUAUAACUGAUGUUGAACAAAUGAAGCAAGAAUUAAGUAGCCAGGGAUUCCUAGUGGUUCCAUCUACAUGUUUCAUUUCUACAGCUUAUGCCAAGACCCCAACCACGAAGAAGGUUGUUGUUCUGCCUAGAAUGUACUAUAUGACACUAUUGGCUCGCAGUAACCCAAGACCAAUCAAAAGAACAACAUUGUCAUCUCGCAACAACACAAGCAAUCUCGAUUCCACACUGGUAUCUGAAGCUAGUGAAUUACCUUUGAAAAGUAAAACUGCACCUUCAAGUCCAGCAUCUGAAGUGCCUCCAAAUACAAUUUCAUCAGCGCUAUACGGUGGAACUUCAUUUAAUGAGAGUAGUACUGUAAAAUCAGAGAGCACUCCACUUUCAUUUUCCCCAACUCAAUCACCAUUACACACACCAUCGAAACGUACAGCAAAGAAACCGCCAAUGAACCGUUCUACAUCUGUUGACACAUUAGGCACUUUGAAUUCUAUUGCUUCUAUGAACGAAAAGACAAUGAUACCCGCAUUGACUCAGACAGUUAUCGGUGAAUAUUUGUACAAAUACUACCCAAAACUAGGACAUAUCGGUGGUGAAGGUAGACACAGAAGAUAUUUCUGGAUCCAUCCAUACAGUAUGACUCUAUACUGGUCCGAAACCAAUCCAGUGAUGGAAAAUGCUGCUCAGAGUAAGACUAAAGGUGUUUCUAUUUUGAACGUUUCUGUAAUUCCUGACAAUAGCAGUCACCCAAGUGGUCUAUAUUACAAGAGUAUAGUAGUUACCACUGAUGACAGAAAUGUCAUUUUUACAUGCCCAACUAGAGAACGUCAUAUGGUGUGGUAUAAUUCUUUGCGCUACUUACUUCAAAGAAGCAUCGAUGGUAUUCCUUAUGAUGAGAUUGUUGAAGAUUCUGAUAAUGAUAUGUACGCCGGUAAAGUCUUCCCUCUAGGAAGACAAGGACAACAUGUACCUGGCCGCCUAGGUACAAGGACUACUAUGAGAUCUCCAUCUAUCUCUUCGUUGAGAGAUAGGGUGAAAAAAUAA